AUGCCUCAACCUGCCAAAGUCUACGUAGUCAUCUACACUGUCUAUCAUCACGUCCACAAAUUGGCUGUUGAAGUCCAAAAGGGGUUGGAAUCCACUGGCGUCUCUGCAAAGAUGUUUCAAGUCCAAGAAACCCUGCCUGAAAACGUCUUGAAGGCUAUCAAGGCACCCCCAAAGCCUGAUCUGCCCAUCAUCAAGCCAGAGCAAUUGACCGAGGCUGAUGGUAUCAUCUUUGGUUUUCCUACUAGAUUUGGUUCUAUGCCUAGCCAAGUCAAGGGUCUUUUGGAUGCUACAGGUGCUCAAUUCGCCAAGGGAGCUCUUAACGGAAAGUUUGCUGGUACAUUCUUUAGUACAGGCUCUCAACACGGUGGCCAAGAAACUACUGCAUUGACCACUAUUCCCUACUUUGUCCAUCAAGGUAUGACCUACGUGCCUCUCGGUUACCCUCCUGCUUUAUCUGAUUCCUUGAGCAACGUGCAAGAGAUUGUGGGCGGUUCUGCUUAUGGUGCUGGUGCCAUCGCAGCCGGUGAUGGAUCCAGAGAUGUUACUGAAAAGGAACUUGCUGUUGCUCAUUAUCAAGGCAAGAACUUUGGUGAGAUUAUCCGUGCCUAUGUCAAGGGUAGAGAUGCCUUCAAUACUGGCGAAAAGAAUGAGUAG